GUGGACUGGGGCAGGGAGAUAGCGCCCUUCGGGCUGCUGGCUUUUGGCCGUCUUGGGUGUCUGUUUGGCUUUGGCUAAAGGAUAGAUCACCAGAACAGACUUGAAAGCGCUGAAGUAGACCCAAGAAUUUACGUAUGCAAGAAUUUAUUUUGGUGCACCAAAUAACUUACUUAAACGCCUUAAGUCAACUUGGAGUUUUCGGUAAGCAAGCGAUCUACGUAGCCCUGAAGCAUCAACCUACAGGAACAGAUCAGUGUCUACGAGCUCUGGGCAGGCAGUGGCCGGGGUGGGCGGAGCCGCCCUCAGCCCUGCCCCGCCCCGCCCCUCAGCCGGAUCCGCCCCAGGUUUCCGUGAAUCCCAGGCGGCCGGGAGGUUCUGCGGUGUGUACCUGUCUAGUCUCUACCUUGGAGCGACUUCUACACCUUAGACGGAGAACUCAAGAGAUGGCUGCCCAGUGUGUCACAAAGGUGGAGCUGAAUAUUUCCUGUGACAAUCUUCUGGAUAAAGAUGUAGGGUCAAAGUCAGACCCUUUAUGUGUGUUAUUUUUGAAUACGAGUGGUCAACAGUGGUAUGAGGUUGAGCGCACAGAAAGGAUUAAGAAUUGCUUGAAUCCCAAAUUUUCCAAGACAUUUAUUAUUGAUUACUACUUUGAAGUGGUUCAGAAAUUGAAAUUUGGGAUUUAUGACAUUGACAACAAAACCAUCGAGCUGAGUGAUGACGACUUCUUAGGAGAAUGUGAAUGUACCCUUGGACAAAUUGUUUCCAGUAAGAAACUAACUCGACCACUGGUGCUUAAAAAUGGCAGACCUGCAGGGAAAGGAAGCAUUACGGUUUCAGCUGAAGAAAUAAAGGAUAACAGAGUUGUCUUGUUUGAAAUGGAAGCAAGAAAACUUGAUAAUAAGGAUCUAUUUGGAAAGUCAGAUCCAUACCUGGAAUUCCACAAGCAGAUGUCUGAUGGAAACUGGCUAAUGGUUCAUCGAACAGAGGUUAUUAAAAACAACUUGAAUCCUGUUUGGAGGCCUUUUAAAAUCUCUCUUAACUCCCUGUGCUAUGGAGAUAUGGAUAAAACUAUUAAGGUAGAGUGUUAUGAUUAUGACAAUGAUGGGUCCCAUGAUCUCAUUGGAACAUUUCAAACCACCAUGACAAAACUGAAAGAAGCCUCCAGAAAUUCACCUGUUGAAUUUGAAUGCAUAAAUGAGAAAAAGAGACAAAAGAAGAAAAGCUACAAGAAUUCAGGUGUUAUCAGUGUGAAACAGUGUGAGAUUACAGUGGAAUGUACAUUCCUUGACUAUAUCAUGGGAGGAUGUCAACUGAAUUUUACUGUGGGAGUGGACUUCACUGGCUCCAAUGGUGAUCCAAGGUCUCCCGACUCCCUUCAUUACAUCAGCCCCAAUGGUGUUAAUGAAUAUUUGACUGCAAUCUGGUCUGUGGGACUGGUCAUUCAAGAUUAUGAUGCUGAUAAGAUGUUUCCAGCUUUUGGUUUUGGAGCUCAGAUCCCACCUCAGUGGCAGGUUUCUCAUGAAUUUCCAAUAAACUUUAAUCCAUCCAGUCCCUACUGUAAUGGAAUUCAAGGCAUUAUAGAGGCAUAUCGGGCCUGCCUUCCUCAGAUAAAACUCUAUGGACCAACUAAUUUUUCUCCAAUCAUAAAUCAUGUGGCCAGGCUUGCUGCUGCAGCCGCACAACAACAGUCAGCUUCUCAAUAUUUUGUGCUCUUAAUCAUUACUGACGGCGUCAUCACAGACCUUGAUGAGACCAGACAAGCUAUCGUUAACGCUGCCAAGCUGCCUAUGUCUAUCAUCAUUGUCGGAGUUGGAGGUGCUGACUUUGGUGCCAUGGAGUUUCUGGAUGGUGAUGGAGGAAGUCUCCGCUCCCCGUCGGGCGAGAUAGCCAUCAGGGAUAUUGUCCAGUUUGUGCCUUUCAGACAGUUCCAGAACGCUCCAAAAGAAACGCUUGCUCAAUGUGUCUUGGCGGAGAUCCCCCAGCAGGUGGUAGGCUACUUCAACACAUACAAGCUCCUUCCUCCCAAGAACCCGGCUACGAAAUGAAAGGAGCUCUGGUCACCUGAGCAGAAAGAAGUCUUUUGUGCUGUGUGGAGCAAUGGAUUUCCCUCUGACCCCAAAUCAUGAAUCUGUCAUUUUACACACUUCUCACGAACCCCAGCAUUUAUGAUGCAAACCUAGUUCUCUAUGGAUUAUGUCUAUUUAAAGCAUUCUUUUAUACUUUUUUUGGAGGAAAGUGCUAACUUAAUCUUUGCUCAGUCAAUUCAGUGAUUGCUAGUGAUUUACAGUAAUUACAGUGAGGCUAUUUGGAUUAGAAACUGGUGUAAGGAAAGCGGAUUUUGUUCUUGUGGUUGUUUACUUUCAUAUGACGAAAAUGCUGUUUUUGAAUGUUUGUAAAUAAGAAAGAGUGGAAAAUUGUUGGAAUGAUGCGAUUUACAGGUUGCUGUGCUUUGCUCUAGGCAAUAUAUGUUUUAUAAGCCAAUGUCCAUGCCUGACAACAAGAGCUUCUUAAAUUAGAUGAUAUUGAAUUUGUUUCUAGAACUAUACUUAGUGCUAUUCCAUGGGAUAAAACUACCUUUACUUGUGCCUGAAUUUUGCUGCAAUUUAGACAUGCACAGUUCAAAAGAGCAUGCAUCCUUAUAGGACUUCAUGAAAAGUACCGAAUGGGAAGGGAAGCACAUAUUCAGUUCUUAAAAUUGUACAAUCAACAAGUAAAAGGAACCUCAUGUAAGUAAGCCAUUUUUAUUUGCCUUCCUAGAUCUUUCAUUUUCAUUAUUGAAUACCGUAAACAUGGUCAGAUUUGACCUUUUCAUUGAUUGUAUGUGACACUCAGGAUUCUAUAUCUGCAUUGAUGAUAGGUAGCCCUAGAUUCAACAUUAUUAGAUUAUUUUAAUUGGAGUUUGUUAAAAUGGUUAGGACUGGUUUAUGCAGGAAAACUAUAAGGACCAAACAUAUAAGGGAAAAUUCAGAAUUCUACUUCCUUUUAAUCAAUGAAAGACUUUACUUAUUAAAAAAGACAAUGUUUAUACUUUCCUUGUUAAGGUCCCAUAUAUUGAUUUGUACAUUUGUGUAGAUUCAUUUAGAUAUUCUCUCUUUUUUUUUCUUUAAGUAACAUUUUUAGUCUGAUUUUUUUAAACUUAUGAUAGUGGUUAUUAAUCAAAAUCAUAUUUUACGUUUUAAUAAUGUGCUAUUUCCUAAAUCCAGAAUGUAUUGUAUUAAGCAUAAAACCUGUUAUAACUUUAAAAAAAGAUCCAAUUGCUGCACAGGAUAGAGUGCUUUUUUUUUUUUAGUAGAAUUUUUUUUCCUGAUUUUUACCCUUUAGAACAUAAUACUUAGCAAACAUUACCUUUUCAGAAUAGAUUCAGUAACGUUUUAUUGAGGAGCUGUGUGCCAAGUACUAUGCAUAUCUGUGUACUGGCCAGUCAUCUUGAACAAUUUAACACUGAGAAUUACGUGUUUAUUAUGGAUCUGUAAAUGGAUGCACCCUAAGCCUAUCAGUAUUACUGAAAACUUGCACCACAGCUCAGAUCUCUUGUUCCCUGAAAUGUCUGAAGCAAGUGAGCUUUCAGCCACGAACAGCUUUUGGCUUCUUAGAAGCUGCUCAUUUCCAAGGUCAGUCUGAGAGGGGAUCUGCUCGCCACAGUGGUUGCCUAGCCCAGGUGAGCAGUUAACAUUUUCCCACUUAGCUAGCUCUCCUCUGGAUAUGUGUUGUUAACCUGAAGGUACCUAACUAGUAGUCUGUUGCUCUAUAGUAUGUCUCAUUAGUUGACAAGUCAUCUUGACAUCAGUUGGGGGAGAAAAAAACUGAUGAUUCUUCCAAUAGUUCGGAGCCUUUGUUGUCUAAGAUGUCCUAACUUCAGUUCUCUUUGUGUGCUUGGAAACAGCAUAUAUAUGUUACAGUGGUUUUCAGAAUUUUUUUUUAAACACUUGAAGCCUUUAAAAGAAACGAUUUACAUAUGUUCUCAAUGUAUGGUAAAACAGAAGUAGAGGUUUUCUGUUUGAAGCUGGGGCAGGGUCCACAGCCCCACUCACUGGGCCUCCUCCUCACUCUCCUGAACCAGAUCCUGGCAGCACCUGAGUCACCUGCACAGGACACCUGGAACUACUGGUCAUGAGCAUUUAUUUUUAUUGGCCAAAUAACAGUACUUCUGUCACCACUGUCAAAUUGAUUUGGUCUUCAUAAUUUUAUAUUCUGAUUUUAACCAGAAUUGUUCCCUUUUGAAAAUUAAUUUUGUAUUAUGCAUUCUUUUUUUUUUUUUUUUUUUGCAAUACGCGGGCCUCUCACUGUUGUGGCCUCUCCCGUUGCGGAGCACAGGCUCCGGACGCACAGGCUCAGCGGCCAUGGCUCACGGGCCCAGCCGCUCUGCGGCAUGUGGAAUCCUCCCAGACUGGGGCACGAACCCGUGUCCCCUGCAUUGGCAGGCGGACUCUCAACCACUGUGCCACCAGGGAAGCCCUGCAUUCUUGAUUUGGUUCAUCAGUAGAUGCUAUUAUUCAUAAGACCUGUGAUUUCAGCAAAUUAGAGUAAUUGAUACCUUUUUGCAGUUUUGAAUAAAAGCAUUUAUAAUUUCUAAAUUAUUUUAUAAAAUUCUUAUAGUUUCAACAUUUUACCUCAUCACAUGCUGAUAUAAUAUUGUUUUAUAUUAAAAUAGUCCUUUUCCCUAUUGUGCCACCAUUCAUUCAAGUGCCAUUAGUUCUUUUUUUUUUGCCGUUAGUUCUUAAAAUGCAUUUAAAGAAAAAAUAACCAAGUUUAUUUUCACACUUCAUAUAAACAGAUAUAUUGCAAACAUAUAUUAGGGUGACAGUGCCCUGGAUAGAUGUAAUAUUUCUCACAUCUGCCUGUACUGAGAAAAUAGCAAUUAGCAUGGUCACGUCACCUUGUGCUUAGAAUUGAAAAUUUUAAGAUCAUAAAAAUUUAAAGUCAGAUCAGGGAUUUACAACUAUCCGUUUUGGUAGUGCCUUAGGCAGCCUUUCCAGAGUAAAUUCAGGGCCGUGUUGCUGCCUCUGCCUUAUUUGACAUACUUUGCCUUUUUCAUUUUGUAAAUUUUCUGGAAAGUCAUCUUCAGUAAAUUUCUCCUAGUUGCUUUAUGUGUGUGAUUGAUAGUCAUGGAAGUGACACAUAAGGUAAGCUAGAAGCUUGGUUGAGAUCUCGAGGGACUAUUUUGUGCUUUUAUGGAUCUCACAGUUGAUAAUAAAUGUAUAAGUUACUAAUAUAUGAAUUGAUGCUAAAUGUAUCUUGCAUCUGAAUUUCCUUUGGAUAAAAUUAUUUCGUGGUGUGAGACAAUAGGGCUUUGUUUUCAUUUUUAUUCUUUCUCUAAAUGUUAUUCAUUGAAAAGUUAGAAAUAAAGUUAGUAUUUUUAA